CCGCCGCCGCCGAUGCCGCCUCGUCUCCUAUUCCAGCGGAUGCAGGUGGAGAUGAGAUGCGUCAAGGCGUCCCGGAGCACCCAGCAGGAACGCGACGGCGGAAGCUCCACAAUAAAAGCCCCGGCGAUACGCGGUGCGCCUUUUGUUUUUAGUUUGAAAGGACAACUCUGAAAUGGCGUUCUGUGCCUGCGAUUGACGGCGGGGAUGCAGGUGGAGCGACUCGGCCAGGACCGUUCACAUCUGUCUUGAAGAAAAGAAGGGGGAGAAAACCUGCUUCCUGCUCUGCUCAUCGGCUCUGGAUAAAAAAAUAAAGGCAGGAGCGCAAACUACGCCCAGGCUUUAUUCAGGGAUUUUUACAAACCUCCCAAGUCUGGAGAAUAAAAGCGGAGGGAUUGCCGCAAAACACAAAUCCCAAAGUACCAUUUUAACAAUGGAGCCCAUACCUGUGUGAAGCUUCGUGGUCCGUAAACCGCAGGAGGGUGACGCACUUGCUCUGACGCCAUGAACGCAUCACACGCCCCGGCGCACGCCACCGUUCGCGCCGCCCGCCUCUUUUGCUAAUAUCCUUAUGCUCGCGCGCCCCAUACGGAAAGAUAACAAUCGGAUAACUCCUUCCUCGAGCUUUUGGCGGCAGCUCCGAUUUCCUGGAAAUUGCACUGAGAUCUGGAAUCAAGAAACAGAGAAUCUAUUUUUGGUCCAGAAUAGACCAAGAGGCUUUUGAAGGAACGUCUGCGCUGAAAUUAUCAUAUUUCCCCAUCUUUUUGCUCUCCUCCUACUCCUCAUUCCUUUCCUCCAAACUCCCAGAGGCACCGACCGAUGGAGAAGCGCAGGAGAGAGUCAGGAUAAGGCCCAGAGUUAGCGCAUCAGAGAGUCGGGCAGGAAAGUGCUUCGUCAGGAAUUUGGAGCGAGGUCCCUGCGAGGAUUGUUUUCACCAGCGCGCUCCACAUCUCACUUCAGUGAUAGUAGUAAUUGCUGUUUACAUUUCAAACCCGCUAGCCACCGUGCGGCCGCGCCUCGCCUCUAGAAUUCCUUCCCGACACGGCAGAGAGUAGAGAAGGGGGCACCUGGGAGCUCGAAGCAUGGCGGGAAGGCUGCGCCUCCUGUGCUGGCCCGUGUGGCCCCUGGCCGCCCUCAGCCUGCUCAGCGCGGCGGCGCUGGAGUUCGGCGGCGCGCCGGGCCAGUGGGCGCGCUACGGGCGCUGGGAGGCCGGCUCGGUGGGGGAGCUCAGCUUCAGCCUCAAGACCAACAUCAGCAAAGCCUUGGUGCUGUACCUGGACGACGGCGGCAACUGCGACUUCCUGGAGCUGCUGAUCGCGGGCGGGCGCCUCCAGCUGCGCUUCGCCAUCCACUGCGCGGAGCCGGCCACGUUGCACAUGGAGACGCGGGUGAACGACGACCGCUGGCACAUGGUGCUGCUCACCCGCAACUUCCGCGCCACCCUCCUGAUGGUGGACGCCGAGACCAAGGUGGCCGAGGUCAAGUCCAAGAGGAAGGAGAUGGCGGUGGUCAGCGACCUCUUCGUGGGCGGGAUCCCGCCCGACGUGCGCCUCUCCGCGCUCACGUCCAGCACGGUGAAGUACGAGCCGCCCUUUCUGGGCUUGAUCUCCAACCUGAAGGUCGGGGAGAUGCCGCCGACUUUGUUAAACAGCCAGGGCAUUCAGAGCGACCUGGAGUACCUGUGCACCAAACAGAACCCCUGCUUCAACGGCGGCUUUUGCUCUAUUCACUACGGAGAGGUCCACUGCGACUGCACCCACACCCGCUUUAAGGGGAAGUACUGCAAGGAAGCUGAGGAGUAUGUCGUUGAAGGUCUGGCGCACCUGACGUUAAACGACCAAGGAGACUCAUCUCUAGCCGGUAAAGAAGAGUCAGUGGCCACCUUCAAGGGCAACGAGUUCUUCUGCUACGACCUGUCCAUGACGCCCAUCCAGAGCAGCACCGACGAGAUCACGCUCUCCUUCCGCACGCUGCAGCGCAACGGCCUCAUGCUGCACACGGGCAAGUCGGCCGACUACGUCAACCUGUCGCUGAAGAGCGGCGCCGUGUGGCUGGUCAUCAACCUGGGCUCGGGGGCCUUCGAGGCCCUGGUGGAGCCCGUCAACGGCAAGUUCAACGACAACGCCUGGCAUGACGUGCGCGUUACCCGCAACCUGCGCCAGCACGCAGGCAUUGGACACGCUAUGGUGACCAUCUCGGUGGACGGGAUCCUCACCACCACGGGCUACACCCAGGAGGACUACACCAUGCUGGGUUCCGACGACUUCUUCUACAUCGGCGGGAGCCCCAACACCGCGGACCUCCCGGGGUCUCCGGUCAGCAACAACUUCAUGGGCUGCCUGAAAGACGUGGUGUACAAGAACAACGACUUCAAGCUGGAGCUGUCGCGGCUCGCCAUCGAGCGGGACCCCAAGAUCACGCUGAACGGCGACCUGGUGUUCCGCUGCGAGGACGUGGCGGCGCUGGACCCGGUCACCUUCGAGACCCCCGAGUCCUACAUAUCGCUGCCCAAGUGGAACACCAAGAAGACGGGGUCCAUCUCCUUCGACUUCCGCACCACGGAGCCCAGCGGGCUCCUGCUGUUCAGCCACGGCCGCCCUCUGGGACCCAAAGAGCAGAAACCCGGCAGGGAGCUCAAGAGCGACUACUUCGCCAUGGAGAUGCUCGACGGGUACCUGUACCUGCUGAUCGACAUGGGCUCUGGGAAGACGAAGCUGAAGGCCAGCAACAAGAAGGUGAAUGACGGGGACUGGUGCCACGUGGACUUCCAGAGAGAAGGAAGGAAAGGAUCUAUCUCCGUCAACAGCCGCAACAUGCCCUUCAGCUCCCCCGAGGGCAGCGAGAUCCUGGACCUGGACAGCGACAUGUACCUGGGCGGUUUGCCCGAGUCCAAGUCAGACCUCAUCCUGCCGCCGGAGGUCUGGACGGCGCUGCUGAACUACGGCUUUGUGGGCUGCGUGCGCGACCUCUUCAUCGACGGCAAGAGUCGCGACGUCCGCCGCCUAGCCGAGAUCCAGAGCGCCAUGGGCGUCAGCAGCUUCUGCACCCGCGAGCUGCAGAAGCGCUGCAGCAGUGCCCCCUGUGGCAACGGAGGCCUGUGCAAAGAGGGCUGGAACCGCUACAUUUGUGACUGCACCGGCACUGGAUACCUGGGAGGCAACUGUGAGAUAGAGGCGACGGUGCUGAGCUACGACGGCAGCAUGUACCUGAAGAUCAUCAUGCCCAUCACCAUGCACACGGAGGCGGAGGACGUGGCGCUGCGCUUCAUGUCCCAGCGGGCCUACGGCCUGCUCAUGGCCACCACCUCCAAGGAGUCGGCCGACACGCUGCGGCUGGAGCUGGACGGAGGCCGCGUCAAGCUCACGGUCAACCUGGAUUGUAUCAGGAUAGACUGUAGCCUCAGCAAAGGACCUGAGAUUCUGUUUGCGGGACAGAAGCUGAACGACAACGAGUGGCACACAGUGAAGGUGGUGCGACGAGGCAAGAGCCUGCAGCUGUCUGUGGAUAAUGUCACAGUGGAAGGUCAGAUGACUGGUGCCCACACUCGCCUUGAGUUCCACAAUAUUGAGACCGGCAUCAUGACCGAGCGCCGCUUCAUAUCCGUGGUGCCCUCGAACUUCAUUGGCCACCUCCAGGGCUUGAGCUUCAACGGGCUGCCUUACUUAGACCAGUGUAAAAACGGCGACAUCUCUUACUGCGAGCUGAACGCCCGCUUCGGCAUGCGCCACAUCAUUGCCGAUCCGGUGACUUUUCGAACGAAAGGCAGCUACUUAGCGCUAGCCACGCUACAGGCCUACGCCUCCAUGCACCUGUUCUUUCAGUUCAAAACCACCACGCCCGACGGCCUGAUGCUCUUCAACUCCGGAGACGGGAGCGACUUCAUCGUUGUGGAACUGGUGAAGGGUUACGUCCACUACGUCUUCGAUCUUGGCAACGGGCCGUCGCUGAUGAAGGGCAACUCAGACAAGCCACUCAAUGACAACCAGUGGCACAACGUGGUGGUGUCCCGGGACGCCAACAACGUACACACUCUCAAGAUCGACUCACGCACCGUUACUCAGCACUCCAACGGAGCACGCAACCUGGACCUCAAAGGGGAGCUGUACAUCGGUGGCGUGACGAAGAUCAUGUACAGCGAUCUGCCCAAGCUGAUCGCGUCCCGGGACGGGUACCAGGGCUGUCUGGCCUCUGUGGACCUGAAUGGGAGACUCCCCGACCUGAUCGCGGAUGCCCUCCACAGGGUGGGUCAGGUGGAACGAGGCUGCGAUGGACCCAGUACCACCUGUACGGAGGAGUCCUGCUACCAUCAGGGGGUGUGUCUCCAGCAGUGGGAGGGCUUCACCUGCGACUGCACCAUGACGUCCUACGGAGGCUCAUUCUGCAAUGAUCCUGGGACAACGUACAUCUUCGGGCGAGGCGGAGCCCUCAUCACAUACACCUGGCCACCCAAUGACCGGCCGAGCACGCGGGCAGACCGGCUGGCAGUGGGCUUCAGCACGCAGCUGAAGGAGGCUGUUCUGGUCAGGGUGGAGAGCGCCAAGGGACUGGGAGAUUACCUGGAGCUGCACAUAGAACGGGGAAAGAUCGGCGUGAUCUUCAACGUGGGAACGGACGACAUAACCAUCGAGGAGAGCGCGGUGAUGGUGAGCGACGGCAAAUACCACGUGGUGCGAUUCACACGCAGUGGUGGCAACGCCACGUUACAGGUGGACAACCAGCCGGUCAUCGAACGCUUCCCAUCAGGGAACUUUGAUAAUGACCGCCUGGCUAUUGCUAGACAAAGAAUCCCAUACCGACUCGGUCGGGUAGUUGACGAGUGGCUACUCGACAAAGGUCGUCAGCUAACCAUCUUCAACAGCCAGGCGUUCAUCAAAAUUGGUGGCAGUGGAGAGAAGGGGCGCCACUUCCAGGGCCAGAUCUCAGGCCUGUAUUACAAUGGUCUGCAGGUGCUCAAACUGGCAGCUGAGGGCGACCCCAACGUCCAGACCCAGGGUAACCUGCGUCUGGUGGGUGACGUACCCUCGGUGCUCACUACUGACACCACCUCCACCACGCCGCUGGCUGAUAUGUCCACCACAAUCAUGGAGACAACCACCACACUGGCCACAACCACCACCCGCAAAACCCGCUCGUCCACCAUAAGAGACAGUGUCACACAGAAUGCGGAUGACCUCUUGGUAGCGUCAGCUGAGUGUCCUAGUGACGACGAAGAUUUGGAGGAGUGUGAGCCUGGAAAUGGAGGUGAAUUAGUGUUGCCCAUAAUAACGGUGGACUCCUUAGACCCCCCGUCCAUCGCCACCCACUACCCAGUUCUCCCCCCACCCCCCACCACCUACCGCCCUUUCCUCACCCUUCUUGAAACCACCAAGGGGGACUCCCUCCCCCUGCCCAACGGCCGCCCCCCGUGCCCCCUGGACCAGGAGGACUGCGACGAGACCAUUGAGGUUUCGGCGUACGGGUCGGGGGAGAUGACCGAGUCCGAUGACGAGGACUAUUACAAAAACUCCCCCCUGGUCACCGACAGGACAGUCCUCCCUCCUCCCCCGGCCGUGGAGGGUGGCGUCCAGAACCCCCGAGACCGCCACUUCUCCCGCUACCCCAACUCCCACGCCCCGCCCUUCUCCUCCACCCCCACGGCCAACCCCGAUCAGCUGAGCCCGCGCAUCAAGCCCGGCGCCGGCGGCAGCAGCAGCAGCGGCGGCGGCAACAACAUCCCCGCCGGGAAAAUGAACACGCGGGGCCAGGUGCUGCUGCCGCCGGCCCACCCCUCGUCCGACCCGGGCCACCGCAAAGUCCCAGGAAUAACCCAACCCCCGAAUUUCCCCCAUGUUCCCACUCCAGACCCCACGUCUCCCGAGAGAGGACUCCCGGGCGCGGUGGAGGUGCAGCAGUCCAGCAGCACCACAGGAAUGGUGGUGGGCAUCGUGGCGGCGGCCGCCCUCUGCAUCCUCAUCCUGCUCUACGCCAUGUACAAGUACCGCAACCGCGACGAGGGCUCGUACCAGGUGGACCAGAGCCGCAACUACAUCAGUAACUCGGCCACGCAGAGCAACGGCGCCCUGGUGAAGGAGAAACAGCCCAGCACUGCCAAGACGGUCACCAAGAACAAGAAGAACAAAGACAAAGAGUACUACGUCUGAGGGAGGACCGCAGUGACGGCGAGAGACUCGUAGAGAAGGAAGGAGACAAGAGAGACAGAGAGAGAGAGACCAAGCAGUAUAUGGAAAACAGGCCACGCAGAGGGUCAUUCUUUGUAAAACCCAGUAUUGUCAGGUGGCCAUGCAUGUUACCAGCUCCAGUCCAAUCAGAGGGAGGCACAAAAUAAGUUGGCAACGUGACAGUGGUUCUGUUUACACCGUAGAGCAUAUCAUUGAUUUGACUUCCUAAAUGUGGAUUUAUGAGAAGGAUCUAAACACAUACUGUGCCAACGUCCGUGUACCAAAUGCUGAUAAAACAGAGCACAUGACAGGCUAUUUAUUAUGUGGGGUACUGUAGGAAAACACCACCAUCAGUAUUUGUGUCAGGGUCUGUACUUAAUUCUGAAGUGAGCUCGUGGUAUAAGCCGCCGUCGCCUUAGACAGUAUCAACAUUAUUUUUCAUCCAGGCUUGAAUCAGCAACUUGACGGCCCUCUGUAAAAAUCAAUAUACUGCCAACUUACAGAAACACUGUGUCAUAUCCAGGCCGCCAUCCUCUGUAAGUGUUCUGACCUCUCUCUCCCUCGCUCGCCCUCUCUCUCUCUCUCUCGCUCUCUCGCUCUCUCGUUUGCUCGUGUAAUGAGUUCCUCUCCUUGUCUACAGUGCGCAGCCGCUGACGCAACGUAAACUCUGCCGUGUUUCAAGCAUGUAGUAUUCAUUUACGAAGAGAUAAAAACCUUUUCUUUCUGUGGAGUUUAAAAAACAAAAAAUACCACGAUGACUGAAGAUCAUAACAACGUUCAACGUAGCAACUAUGUGAGGUACCACUGCUCCAGUCUAAUGGAUGCUAACUUGUACGUUUAGCCGCCAAAAACUCGUUGAGGCCAAAGCCCCUUGGUCGUCCUUUGUUCCAGCAGAUCUGUGUCAUGUGUAUCUGGGGCUGUGAUGCGCCCCCUAGUGGCCAGCAGAGACACUGCGUCACGUCCUUACACUUACUAAUCACCGAAAACAGAAAAAACCUCCAGCAAAGAUGAACUGUUCUAUAUAAUUAUAAAUAUAUGUAUAGACGUUGCAGAAAUCUAUGGACCUAAAUUGUGCGAGUGGAAAACGGAGCGUUUGCUGAUGAUGCACAGCGAAGAUGGACUUCAAGGAUUUCUGACGUCGGAAUAGUUUCACCUCCAGAUCCCUUGUCCCUCCAGACAGAAGCCACCCCCCCCCCCUCCCCAUCAUGAACCGUGACGGCCGAUGCAAUGCCUCGCCGCAAGACUCAGUCACUCUGGUUUUCCGUUUUCUUUUGCUUUGUUUUUGUUUCUUUGAUUUGAGACGUGGGACAUUUCUGGGGAGCUCUGAAAUCGUUCCUGCUGGAGUUCCACUAUGGAGAGAGAGAGCGUGAACAAAGCGACUGCCUUUCGCCCCUCUCUAGCCUGACUGGACUGACGGCAGCCAAUGGGCAGAGCGAACUUUGCGGGAAGAGCACAGAAAUCAAAGGCGAACGGCAGUUCCCUGAAAGAUGUACAACAGAACUCUAGUAUUCCAAUUUUCUCAACUCUAUUAAAAAAGAAAACUGUACCAUGAAAAGAAGAAGAAAAUCCUGAAAAAAGUUUGUGAAAUGUCUAUAUAUUUGACUCUCAUCCCAUUACUAAGAAAUGUGUUUUCCCUGCUAUCAUUCCUAUUUGGAGAAAAAAUGACUGAUUCUGGGAAACUGAUAUUUCUAUGUAUUUUCUUUUGGUAAUUGAGCAAAUGUGAUCUGGGUUAUGAAGAUGAAGUCACGUUUUCUCCUUUUCCAUGGGAGAGAGCGCUUCUCUCCUUCCAUUCCAUCCUCCAUCUGUCAUCCUCAGUCAGUUCUUUUGUCCUGCAUCUGUUCCGUUUUCCUCUGUAUGUCCCAUCCUCUGUGGAGAAAGCGGGCUCUUAUCAUCCAUUUUUAUUUGUUUUCUAUCUAUUUCUGUCUGUAAGGCUGCCGCUUCCUGUUCACUCUCCUGCCCCGUUUGUCUGGUUUCUCUUUCUCCAUUCCAAACAUACGGCUCCCAGUAACUUCCUGUUCUUUCUAAAUGUUAUUGUAAAGUGUUCCAGUGAGAUGACUCUAAAUAUGUGUACAUUAACAGAGGGAAUACACUUGGUUAUAUACUUCUUA